CGAGGCCAGUGGAAGCGUCUUUGUCAACAAGAUGUUUUCUCAGAUGCCGCUUUUCAUGGCGGAUGUAAGGAUCUUUCAGCCCUCUACAUUCUACAUCGUUGUGCAUACCUCUUAUGGGCUCCGUCUAGAGGUCCAGCUAACACCUAUAAUGCAGGUCUACAUCGUAGCUAGCAGUUCACACAAAGAAAAAACCCAGGGUCUUUGUGGAGACUUUAACAGCUUCCACACUGACGACUUCAGAACCAUCAAUGGACUGGUGGAAGGAACCGCUGUGACAUUCGCCGACACGUGGAAGACCAAAGCAAGCUGUCCUGAUGUGCCACAGAGCUUUGAGAUCCCAUGCAGUCUGAGUGUAGAGAACGAGAGAUAUGCCAAGCACUGGUGCUCAAUGCUGUCAGAUCGUGAAGGAAUAUUUUCCCAAUGCCACACUGAGAUCAACCCAAAUUACUACAUGGAAAUCUGCCUAUAUGACAGUUGUAACUGUGAGAGGAGUGAGGAGUGCAUGUGUGCUGCGGUCUCCUCCUACGUCCAUGCAUGUGCUGCUGCAGGCGUCCUGCUCAGUGGAUGGAGAAACACCACCUGUGGGAAGUACUCCUCUAGCUGCCCUGACACGAUGGUCUAUGACUACACCAUGACCAGCUGUGACCGUACCUGUCGUUCACUGAGCCAGACAGACUUCACCUGCCAGUUAGACCAUGUGUCUGUGGACGGCUGUGGCUGUGCCGAGGGAACCUACCUGAAUGACCAGGGAGAGUGUGUCCCUGCCUCACGCUGCUCCUGCUACAAUGGAGGCACAGUAGUGCCCCCUGGAGAGGUCACCAGGAUCUAUGGGGCUACAUGCACUUGUGAAGGCAGAAAAUGGCAGUGUACCAAAAAGCAGUGUGAUGGGAUGUGUGCCAUAUAUGGAGAUGGGCAUUUCAUCACUUUUGAUGAGGAAAGGUUCACUUUCAAUGGAGAUUGUGAAUACAUUCUUACUCAGGACUACUGCAGCAACAAUCCAAAAGGUACCUUUAGAGUGAUCACAGAGAACAUUCCCUGUGGAACCACCGGCACCACCUGUUCCAAGGCCAUCAAGCUCUUCUUGGGGAACAAUGAGAUCAGACUAGCAGAUGAAUCUGUAAAAGUGAUCAAACAAGAGAACGGGGUUGACGUACCAUACCAGGUCCACUCUAUCGGUCUCUAUGUUGUUGUUGAGGCUGGAAAUGGCCUGAUCCUCAUGUGGGACAAGAAGAAUAGCCUGUUCAUCAAACUCAGCUCUACCUUCCAGGGCCAAGUGUGUGGUCUGUGUGGUAACUACGACGGUAAUGGAAAGAACGACUUCACGUCCAGAAACCAGGAAGUGGUUGUUGAAGCUCUGGAGUUUGGGAACAGCUGGAAAGUGUCACCCAGUUGCCCCAACGCUGAUGUCAUAAAAAACCCAUGCACUGUAAGAUCAUACAGGCAGUCCUGGUCUCUGAAACGCUGCAGCAUCAUCACCAGUAACGUUUUCUCAGCCUGCCACUCACAGGUGGACCCCACGCCAUUCCAUGAUGCCUGUGUGAGGGACUCGUGUGCCUGUGACACUGGGGGAGACUGCGAGUGUUUCUGUACAGCUGUAGCAGCCUACGCCCAGGCCUGUAACGAGGCAGGGGCUUGUAUCAAGUGGAGAACACCAGAUAUCUGCCCUCUGUUCUGUGAUUUCUACAACCCUAUUGGUGAGUGUGAGUGGCAUUAUAAUCCGUGUGGAUACCCCUGUAUGAAGACCUGCAAGAAUCCCUCAGGAACAUGCUCCAGUCAGAUCCCUGCACUGGAAGGUUGCUAUCCAAAAUGUCCUUCGGCCCAGCCUUAUUUGGAAGAAAGUACCAUGAAGUGUGUCAGUAAGAAGGACUGUGGUUGCUACGAUGGAGAUGGAACUCAUUACAACGAGGGAGAGGUUAUACCUUCCAAGGAGAACUGUCAGACAUGUCGUUGCUCAUCAACUGAGGUCAGAUGCAGCUAUAAUGUCCAAGCUUGCUAUUGUUUAUACGACGGCAGAACAUACCCGUAUGGAGCGACCAUAUAUCACACAUCUGACGGUGAUGGGACCUGUAUUACUGCCACCUGCAAAGAGAACGGAACUAUUGUCCGGAUUAUGAACCCCUGUCCCAGCACCCCAACUCCAACAACUACACCAACAACACAGAUAUCCACCCAAGCACCGACAACAUUUGUUUUCUCAACUUCUGCCACUACCCCAACCACAACCACAACCCCAACAACAACCCCUACUGCUACUCCCACAACAACCCCUACCACCUUCACAACCCCUACAACUACCCCAACAACAACCAUUACACUGACAACAACCCCUUCUACUACCCCCACAACAACCCCAACUUCACCAACACCCACUUCACCCACUACUACUCCACACUGCCUGACCAAGAGUGUCUGUGAAUGGUCAGACUGGAUUAGCAAAUACUAUCCCUCUGUUGGACCAGAAGGAGGAGAUUUUGAAACCAUAGAAAAUAUAAGGAAAUCUGGUAUUGAUAUUUGUAGCCAACCUAAGGAUGUAGAAUGCAGAGCCAAAGACAACAUCCAUGUUCCUUUGGCCGAACUAGGUCAAAAUGUUGAAUGCAAUCCCUCAGUUGGACUGAUAUGCCACAACAAGGAUCAAGGCAUCCCACCAAUAUGCUACAACUACGAGAUCAGAGUCAGAUGUUGUGUUGAUGUUGUUGAUGUUUGUAGCAAUGGGACAACUACCACAUCAGAAAGGCCCACAACAACCAUUACAACAUCAUCAACUACCCCAACAACAACAACAACAGAAAGUCCAACAACUACAACUACCCCAACAUCAAAACCAACCACUACCCCAACAACAACCACAACUACCCCAACAACAAAACCUACCACUACCCCAACAACUACCACACAUACCCCAACAACAACUCCUACCACUACCCCAACAUAUACUACCACUACCCCAACAACUAAUACAUCUACUACAACUACUUCAACAACUAAACCUACCACUACCACAACUACAACUCCUACCACUACUCCAACAACAAAUCCUACCACUCCCCCAACAACAACUCCUACCAAUACCCCAACAUAUACUACCACUACCACUACCCCAACAUCUACUGCAACUACUUCAACAACAAAACCUACCACUACCCCAACAUCAAAAACAACUCCUAACUCUACCCAAACAACAACUCCUACCUCUACCCCAACAACAUCUCUUACCACUACCCCAACAACUACUUCAGCUGCUUCAACAACCACUCCUACCUCUACCCCAACAACAACUCCUACCACGACCCCAACAACAACUCCUACCUCUACCCCAACAACAUCUCCUACCACUACCCCAACAACUAGUCCUACCACUACCCCAACAACAACUCCUACCACUACCCCAACAACUACUACAGCUACUUCAACAACCACUCCUACCACUACCCCAACAACAAAUCCUACCACUACCCCAACAACAACUCCUACCACUACCCCAACAACAAAUCCUACCACUCCCCCAACAACAACUCCUACCAAUACCCCAACAACUACUUCAGCUGCUUCAACAACAACUCCUAACUCUACCCAAACAACAACUCCUACCUCUACCCCAACAACAUCUCUUACCACUACCCCAACAACAAAUCCUACCACUACCCCAACAACAACUCCUAACUCUACCCAAACAACAACUCCUACCUCUACCCCAACAACAUCUCUUACCACUAGCCCAACAACUACUUCAGCUGCUUCAACAACCACUCCUACCUCUACCCCAACAACUCUUCCUACCACUACCCCAACAACAAAUCCUACCACUACCCCAACUCCUACCACUACCCCAACAACUACUACAGCUACUUCAACAACCACUCCUACCUCUACACCAACAAUAACUCCUACCACUAUCCCCACAAUAAAACCUACCACUACCCCAACAACAACCUUUACCACAACCCCAACGACCACCCCAACCACAAAUCCUACCACAUUAUGUUUUUGCACAUAUGAAAAACAAUAUUUCCCUGCUGGUUCCUUGAUAUAUAAUGAGACUGACGGCGCAGGCUGGUGUUUCACAUCCUACUGUAACUCAAGUUGUGUUGUUGAGAAACAAGCCAGACCAUGUCUCUCUACGACCCCAGCUACAGUCAGCACUGUCUCAGCUACAGUCAGCACUGUCUCAACUACAGUCAGCACUGUCUCAACAACAACAGAAGCUACACAUUCUACAACAUCUACAUUGUCCCCGACUACACCUUACACGGGCUGUGAAUAUGUCAUUCCACCAAGAAAGGAUGGUGAGACUUGGAAGACAGACAACUGCACUACUCAGACUUGCCACAGGGGUGUAAUUACCACGACGUUUGUGGUCUGUGAGUCUGUUGAAAAGCCUGUGUGUGAAAAUGGAUAUCCACCAGUGAAAGUCUAUGACGAAUCAGGUUGCUGCUAUCACUACGAAUGUGAAUGUAUAUGCUAUGGAUGGGGAGACCCUCAUUACGUCACAUUUGAUGGCCAAUAUUACAGUUUCCAGGAAAACUGCACCUACGUUUUGAUUAAAGAAAUAGUUCCUCGACAGAACUUCAGUGUCAUCAUCGACAACUAUAACUGCGAUCCGUCUGGACAUGCGACCUGCCCUCAGUCUCUGAUUGUCUAUUACAAGUCUUACAAAAUCGUUCUUACUCCGAAGAGAUUAAAUGUGACAACAAAUAUGGUUUACAUCAAUGGAAAUCAGAUCUUCCCGACCUUUUCUAAUGAAGACCUCAUGAUCACCAGCACUGGGGUGGAGUUACUGUUGAAGAUCCCUGCCAUUAAAGCAACAGUGAUAUUUAAGUCCCUUAUGUUCAGUGUAACCCUGCCAAACUCCCUAUUCCACAACAACACAGAGGGGCAGUGUGGUACCUGUGACAAUCAGGAAAACGAUUGCAGAUUACCGAAUGGACAGAUUGACCCAUCAUGUCCUGGGAUGGCUCAUGAAUGGAAGAUUCCUGAUGAAAAACCCUACUGUGAACGGCAACCCUCUACCCCACCUACCCCACCUACCCCUAAGCCUCCAACCUGCCCAUCAAGAAAGACAUCAAUCUGUGACAUCAUACUUAGCCCGGUCUUUAAGCAAUGCCAUGACGUUAUCCCACAACAACCCUUCUUCGAGGCCUGUAAGUUUGAUGUCUGCCACAUGCCAAAUAUCUCAGUCGGCUGCUCCAGCCUGGAAGCCUACGCCGUGAGGUGAGCAGCUGGAGUCUGUAUCGACUGGAGGAAAUCAACUAAUGGAAAAUGUGAACUGACAUGCCCUAAGACCAAAGUGUAUAAGGCAUGUGGCUCUACUAUCCAGCCAACAUGCAAUUCAAGAUACAAUGAAAAUAUGUGCAUUCAUGUCAGGGAGCACAAAUGACCCGUGACAUUGUAUGUGACUCAUUCAUGGAGGGCUGUUUCUGCCCUGAGGGUACCAUCUUGUUCAACACAUUCUCUGACACCUGUGUUCGUGACUGUGGAUGCACAGGACCUGAUGGACAACCCAAACAG